GUAGAGUGAGAAAACGCAACCUUAGUGACACCAAAAGUCUGUUUCUCUAAAACUCGUAUCACAUACAGAUGGCACUCUUUCCUUGGUGUCGUACUCCAUAGUAACCCCCUCUUUCUACCCCCAAUCUUAUUGCAUUAUACUCUGUAGUAAACAUUAAUGUCUGUACAUAUAUACUCUUGUGAUCAACCCUUUCCUUUCACUUCCCCAGAAGUGUCUCUCUUUUCUACUCUCCCCGAUCUCCCAAUCCCUUGUUUCUUCCUUUUUUUGGUUUUGAUACUGUGAAAAUUGAAGAAGAGACACAAAUAAUGGAGCUGUACGGACGGUCCACGGCAAGUAACGGGUCACAAUCCGAUCAUCAGUCAGAAUGGGUUCCGGUGGAGCAGGAAACGGGUCUUGAUGAAUCAAUGCAGAGGUUGGGGUUAUGGGGCAGGGAAAUUUACCCGGAAAGGCCUGGUGUACCCGACUGCUCGUACUAUAUGAGAACUGGGUCAUGUGGAUACGGCGCCAACUGCCGCUAUAACCAUCCUCGUGAUCGCGCCUAUGGUGGUAAGAUGCAGUUGGAACGAGUUGAGUUCCCAGAAAGAUUGGGAGAGCCAAUGUGCCAGUACUAUUUAAGAACAGGGACCUGUAAAUUUGGUGCAUCCUGCAAGUUCCACCACCCCAAGAACUUGGGUGGAUCCUUGAGCAAUAUACCACUAAAUACUCACGGAUAUCCAGUACGCCCGGGGGAAAUUGAAUGCUCCUAUUAUUUGAAAACGGGGCAUUGCAAAUUUGGUAUUACAUGUAAAUACCAUCACCCUCAAACUGCUGGUAUAUCAGUGCCAGCACCUGCACGUCCAUUUUAUCCGACAGUGCAGUCUCUUCCUGCUCCUCCUGAGGAAUAUAACAGUGCAUCAACUGGUCUUAGAGUAGCAAGGCCUCCACUUUUACCCGGUUCAUAUGUACCUAGUGCUUAUGGUCCAGUGCUGCUUCAUCCAGGAGUGGUUACCAUUCAGAACUGGAGCCCUUACUCAGGACCAGUAAGUCCUGCACUCUCUCCCGGUGCUCAACCAUCUGCUGGGGUGACAUCUAUCUAUGGGAUAUCGCAGCUAGCGUCUUCUACACAUGCCUUUGCAGGGACUUACUCCCCAUUACACUCAGCUGCUAGCCCUUCGAGCAAAACACAGAAGGAAAAGAGUUUUCCAGAGAGACCUGGUCAACCCACAUGUCAAUACUACAUGAAAACUGGCGAUUGUAAAUUUGGAUCAUCCUGUAGAUAUCACCAUCCACCUGACUGGAUUGCAUCAAAGACAAAUUGUGCUAUCAGCCCCUUAGGCCUUCCUUUACGUCCGGGGGUGCAGCCUUGUUCAUUUUAUCUACUGAAAGGAUUCUGCAAGUUUGGUCGCGCUUGUAAAUUUGAUCAUCCUAUGGGAACAGUACAAUAUAGUUCAUCAGCUUCUUCUCUUCCUGAUCUGCCAAUUGCUCCCUACAUGCUGCGAUCUUCCUUUGCUUUCGCUCCCACUUUGCUGCCGGAGUUACAGGCUGGAUUUGUUUCAGGGUCAAAGGUGGAUGCUGCCUCUUUAUCUAGACCAUCUUCUUCAUUGAAAGUACAAUUGGUAGAGUUAACCUAAUACUUUCUUGGUCUGGUCCUCUGCUCUCCAAUAUGCAGUUAAGUCGGGGAACUGAUAUUGAAUUUAAAGUAAACUCGAAGCACUAUGUAUUAUUCUUCCCUUGCAUUUUUGUCUGUAUACUGUCAGUAGAGAGCUUAAUGUUGCUCAAAGUGAGGAAUUGAAGUGUGUUCUUCAUCUCCGUUUCUCAAUGUUUGGUAUCAGUUCCCAUUCGUUGAGAUUGAAGGGGAAAUCGAUCUUAUGAAGUAAUAAGCCAUAUAUGCAGUUCCUUUCUUUGAAA